GUGACACUGGCGAUUCAAAGAAAGUUGCUGUAUGCUGGGACCACAAUCUCACUAAAAUCCCUCAAUACUUUGACAAGAAACUCGAAGAAAUUGCUCUGAUAUUCAACAACAUCACGACAAUACAUGAUUAUGUUUUUCACGGACUUACAAACGUCUCAAUAAUGCUACUGCAAUAUAAUGACAUCAGAGAAGUUCGUGAACAAGCUUUUGAUGGUUUAUACAAUUUAAUAUAUUUAGAUUUGUCACAUAACAAGAUUUUAAAGAUACCACCAAACGUAAUUCAGAACAAUGAAAGAAUUAAAUUUUUGUAUCUAAAUCACAACGAAAUUUCAAUAUCAGGGCCAUUUUUAGUCUCAACAUCCCUUUCUGUCCUGGAUGUAUCUUUCUGCAAAAUAACCUUCUUACCACACGAUGCUUUCAGCGGAACCCCAAAUCUAACAAAACUAAAAAUAAACAAUAAUCAUAUCACCGAGUUUGAAAUGUACGCCCUUCGAGGGCUAAGGAACCUGGAAGUACUGAGUUCUGGAAACAAUCUUAUAAAAGAUUUGGAUCCAGAUUUAUUUGUAAGUUUGGAUGAAUUGAAGUAUAUAGACUUUUCCAACAACUGUAUUUCAAUUUUGUCACCACAUCUAUUUGAAAGCAACAGAAAACUACGAUACUUAUUUUUAAAAAAUAACAGUUUAUCGACACAAAACACGGGACCAAUCCUCAUAUCAGAAUCUCUCUCUCAUCUGGACAUUUCAUUCUGUAACGUAACACAUAUGCCACCUGACGCUUUCACACGUCUUACCAACUUAACUUCAUUACGAAUGAUAGGAAAUCCAUUAAAAAAUUUGGAUACAAAAACAAUGCAACCACUGAAUAAAUUACAGGUAAUUUUGUUUGGCCCAGAUUCUAGUUGCAGCGAAUCGUCACUCCGAAACAUAUUCGAUUAUUUCCAACAGAAAUCCGUCGCUUAUUACGCCCCUCCUCUGUGCGAUAUAGAUUCAACUGUAACAAAUUUGAUCUUGUACUCGCAUCCAUCAGCUACCACGCCUCCCGGUCAAGUUCUGCAGAUCAACUUUUCGAACACAAUAUUCCAUAGCACAAAACCCUUAUCGUUCAAUAAUUCAUCACAAAUCAAAAUGCUGUCCCAUGCUAUGCAUGAACAUAUAGCUCUUAUGUUAGCAGUCUCGUGUGUCCUCAAAGUCUGCAGAUGAAAUGCUAAAUUCUAAAACUACUCCUCACUGUGAUAUUCAAUAGUUAACAUUGGCUAACGUCUGUGAUAAACAGGAUAAAGCGUAGCAGAUACGGUGCAUUAAAAUACGAUAAGGUUCCACUUUGAACGCACGGCUGAGAAAUACAGAAUACUCAGCAAAAUUUUACAAAUAUAGGAAGGAAACAUGUGAUAAGACACAGAUGGCAACAGGGAUUCUUUUAACGAGACACAAAUUGCGAACAUUUGCUAGAAAUAAUUUUUUUACCUCUAAGACAGUUUAUACGCCAUGUACCAAACAAAAUAAUCACUGCCAUGUCUAAGUUAGCAAAAUAUAGUCAUACAGAGACUAUAAAUUAACUAAUUUGCUAACUUAUUCACACAGUGCAAUUAAAUUAUGAGGCAAAAUAUCAUGAACGUUGGGUGAACGAAAGAAUUGAUUAUUUUAUAAAAAUAAGACAAGUUACAACUAAAUUACAUUACAUUACCUCCACAGUCCCUAAAAUAUUGUGGAAUUAAUAUUAUUUUUACGAAUUUUUCAUUGUUUUAGGAAUAAAUUACAAUAAUAAUUUAUGUUUUGUUAUUUAUAUUGGCUCUUUUAACAAAUCACCUAAUUUGAUACUGAAAACUAUGGUGACCUUCAGAGAUCAGAUUUAUCUGUGAAUUUUAUGUAAAGUAUCAUUUACAGAAGGACAAUUGAAAUGUAGAAUACUGCUUAACUUUCUUUGACAAAAAUUCGUAAAAUCAUAAAGUUAUACUGUACUCUAACCUUGUAUGAAAAUAUCAAUCUUUCUUGAACUGUGUUUUUGACUGUAAAUUUUGUAUAUGGUAUUUAUUUAUAUAGAUAUUGGAAUGUAAUCAUGUAUUUGAUUGUAAAAGUUGUAUAUAAAAGCAUAUAAUUUAUAUAAGAAUAACCUAAUGUAAUAUUCACAAAUGUGAAUGUUGAUGUUUAAUAAGAAACAUAUUUUGAGAGUAAUGAAAUUUUAGCUACAUUUAAAUAUGAUGUAAAAUUGAUAAGCAACUGUUAAUGAUGUAUUUAUGUAAGCAGUAUAGUCUACUUAAGUGCAUUUUGUUCUUGGGAAAUGUUGUUUAAAUUAAUUUCAUUUACCGGUA